UCCUUUAACGCAUCAUGGCACUGGCAUCUAGCCUAGCCUAGCUAACCUGGCUAAUCUGAUUUAUCGUCUCAGUUAAGCGCAGGAAACGUGGGUCAGGAUUACCAGUUUUAGUUAUCCUAACUCGCUUUUUGUUGCUGUGUAGAUUAAAGGUGCAAUUUAUUUAUUACAUCGAGAAUGGCAUCACUGGGGGAGCCUGUGCGACUGGAAAGGGAUAUCAACCGAGCCAUUGAACUUCUGGAUAAGCUUCAAAGGACAGGGGAGGUUCCUCCUCAGAAGCUGCAGGCUCUGCAAAGGGUCUUGCAAAGUGAAUUCUGCAAUGCUGUCAGAGAAGUAUAUGAGCAUGUGUACGAAACUGUGGACAUCAACAGCAGUCCUGAGGUCAGAGCCAACGCCACAGCUAAGGCUACAGUGGCAGCUUUUGCAGCAAGUGAGGGACACUCGCAUCCGCGCGUGGUGGAGCUGCCCAAAACAGAAGAGGGUCUGGGCUUUAACAUAAUGGGUGGCAAGGAGCAAAAUUCUCCAAUUUACAUUUCCCGGAUUAUCCCAGGAGGCAUUGCUGAUCGACAUGGAGGUCUCAAAAGAGGCGACCAGCUGCUCUCUGUCAAUGGCGUGAGUGUGGAAGGUGAACAUCAUGAGAAAGCAGUGGAACUCCUCAAAGCAGCUCAGGGCACAGUGAAGCUGGUAGUAAGGUACACCCCCAAAGUCCUAGAGGAAAUGGAGUCACGCUUUGAGAAAAUGAGGUCAGCCAGGCGCCGACAACAGAACAACUAUCCCCAGUAGAAUUUUCUUCUCAUCAUAGUGAUGCCCACCUCCUGGGUCUCUGCUCCUCAAGCCUUCACAUCUGUUCUGGUCUUUUCCAUAUAUCUCUGCCCUUGUUGGAACCCACAAAAAAGACGAUCCCAGCUGUAGUUCCCACUUGCAUAUGCAUCACAGAUUUGGAUUCUAACCUCCUUUGUAGCAUUUUUUUAGUGUGUGUGUGUAUAUAUAUAUAUA